AACUUUGACCAGCCAAUGGGGGCGCUCGUAGUAAGGACGUCGCCCGCGUCCUAGGCCGGCCUCGGGUUCAGCCGCGCGGUCGGGCAGCGGGAGCGGCGGCGGCACCAUGAGCGGGAUGACGGCCGAGCAGCUCUUGCAGCAGCGGCUCCUCCGCAGCCGUCUGCGGGCCUCGGCGCAGCACCUGGCCGGCGGCCCGCCGCCCCAGCCGCUGCUGCCGCCGCUGUCGCCCCCUUCCCCGCCCGACUCCCCUCCUCCGGGGACGACGCCCGCCGAGAUCCCCGCCGGGCCGCACUACGCCAGCGAGACGUGGUGCUCCUUCUGCCGCAUGUAUUGCCCGGAGCCCGUGUGCCUGCCUUGCGGCCACAACUUCUGCACGGGCUGCAUCGGGCAGCGCCUCGGCGAGCCCAAGCUCAACAUCUCCUGCCUGGAGUGCGGCGCCACCGCCCGCAAGAGGAACCUCCGGCCGGUCAAGCUGCCGCCGCCGCUGCUGGGCAGCCUCGGCGUGGACAGAGCCAAGCGGCAGCGGCUGGACUCGGCGGGAGGAGCCGGAGCAGCAGCAGCAGCAGCAGCACCGCCGCCGGCUGUAGUCGCCCCACCCCCGCCGGUGGCGGUCCCGGCCGCGGUGGCAGCAGCAGCAGCACCGGUAGCAGCAGCAGCAGCAACAGCCGCCGCCGCAGCAGCAGCAGCACCGCCGUCGCCCGUCCCGCUGCUGUCUUUGGCUCCGACCCCGCCGACGCCUCCAACUCCGACGCCCCCGAAGCCGUCGUCGCCGCCUCUCAGCCCUGUCCCAGCGCCGGUGAAAAGGCUCCCAGCGCCGCUUCUGACGCCUCCGCCGACUGGAGGAGCGGGAGAUGCGAACGGAGGGCGGCUGUGCGACAAGCACCGGGAGGUGCUGCAGUUUUUCUGCGAGGAGGAUCAAUCCCCGAUCUGCGCCCAUUGCGACCGGUCUCAGGAGCACCGAGCUCACACCAUUUUCCACGUGGAGAGGGCGGCCCGAGACUACAGGCAAUUUUUAUUUGCUCAGGAGCGGGUUCAGACACAGCUAGAGACUCUGAAGCAGGAGAAGAACGCCCUGUGGAAUCAGAAGCUCAGCGAAGAGAAGAAAAUCCAGGAGUACAUGGAAAAGGCCCAAGCUGAGAGACAGGAGAUCAUAUCUGAAUUUGAGUCCCUGCACCAGUUUCUGAAAGAUCAGGAACAGCAGCUCCUAACCCGGCUGGAAGAAUUAGAGAAGGAGAUAGAGAAGCGGAAGGAAGAAAGCGUCACAAAGUUCUCAGAAGAGCUCGCCCGUCUCGGUGAGCUGCUCACUGAGAUGGAGGUGAAAAGUAAGCAGCCUGCAAGUGAAUUUUUGCAGGACAUCAAAACACUUAUGAACAGGUGUGCACCAGGCCAGUUUCAACUUCCUGAAGAAGACCUGGAAGAGAGACUGGGUGACUUCUCUCGGAAAAGCACGGCUCUGAAGAAAACUUUGGAUAGAUUUCAAGAUCACGUGAUCGCUGCGGUGGAGAAAGCGGAGAUUGCAAAAACUGUGAAUGACAAAGAUGUGAUGUUUAAUCCAGAUGUUUCAAGUGCUCUUCUGUUUUUGGACCAAAGAAGCUUAGGAUAUGAAGGGCCUCAGCAUAAGCUGCCUGCCUUGCAAUACGUCCCGGACACCCCCAAGAGGCUGGAUUCCAGGGCUUUGGUUCUGGGCUGUGAUGGUUUUACCUCUGGGAGAUAUUUUUGGGAGCUGGAAGUGGGCGAUGGGGAUUUCUGGGCCGUAGGAGUCACCCGAGAUCCUUCGGGAAAGAAGGGCAUGAUGAACUUCAGCCCAGAGGAAGGGAUUUGGGCCGUGGGGUUGUGGAAGGGUCAACACUGGGCACUCACAUCUCCUGUGACUGCCCUAUCUCUGAGCAGCUCCCCCAAAAGGAUCAGAGUCUCCCUGGACUACGUAGGCGAGUGUGUGACCUUUACCGAUGGUGACACAGAGGACCUGAUCUUCACAUUCCCACCAGCCUCUUUUAAUGGGACACGUUCCCAUCCUUUGCUGUGGGUGGUGGGGUUCCCAGCUCAGACUGUGUUUCUGAGGCACAUGGGAGUGAAAUACCCAACUGGAGUUCAUGAAAUGGACAUCUUGAGUCCAUAACACUUAACAGAAAUUAUUUCCAUGGGUCCAGCGUUGUAAACUUACCUCCGUCCUGCCAAAGUACAGCAGUUUGGGAGUCAAAUAUUGAAAAGUAUUUUUUUUUAACCUUUGCCCAAUCUAUUGGAGUACGUAACGAAGGAGGCAGAACUGCCGUCCUUACAGCCCAGGGCCUUAUGAGGUUGCCGUCACGCAACAGCUCAAGAAUUGGGAGGAUUCAAUUUUAGGCCUUUUAAUGUAAUAAAUACUUGUCAGAACAUCCAUCUUUAUUGCAAGGGAUCGUUAUUCCUUUCUCAUUGUAGGCAAAAACGCUUCUUUUUGUUCGUUUGGAAAAAAAUUAGCUAUUAAAAAUUGAAAUUUUAAUCUGCAUUUUUGAUCAGUUUGAUUCUUUUAAGUGACUGCAUGCAUUUUAGCUGUAAUACCGUGUGGUGUAUGUGCCACUGGGAGGAAAGGCCACCAGGUUGGCACUUCACAAAGAAAGCCUUCAGAGUUUGAAUAUAUAAAUAAAUUCCAUGUGGGCAGCCCUUAUAGCACAGAGGGAGUAUAUUCAGAAUUGAGCAGUUCCCCAGAUACUCUACAUGAAUGUUCUUGUCUAACUCUCCCUUCCCGCAGUCGCUAACCAGUGGUGGCGAACCUUUGGCAUUCCAGAUGUUAUGGACUACAAUUCCCAUCAGCCCCUUCCAGCAUGGCCAAUUGGCCAUGUUGGAAGGGGCUGAUGGGAAUUGUAGUCCAUAACAUCUGGAGUGUCAAAGGUUUGCCACCACGGCGCUAGACCUUCAUUUCCUCAGCUGCGCUGCUCUCGAAGUUCACCGCUCCUUCACAUUAGUACGGGAGAUGGAAGGGGCAAAUCACUGCUCCCUAGUCUUAAAAGUGGCUGUUCAAAGAAACUUUGAAGGCAAAACCGUCCCAAAGAGGGAAAACCUCUUAACGUCAACAACUCUGUGUGAAGAACCCUCCAAGAAAUAGUUGAGAUGGCUACUUGCUGCAGAAAUUGUGCGUGGGCGUGUCCAAGCAAUCUGGUUGUGAAGUCUUCUCCCACCCCUUUGAGAAUGUGUUGUGGUUCUUUGCUGGAUGCAGCAUGUUUUUUAGUGUGACUGCGAGUGAGUGUCCGAGAGUGCCAUGCCUUCUUUUUCUGUACAUUACUUAUCAAAUGAAUCCUGCCUUUAAUAAAGUUACCUUUCCGCUAACGGGAAAGUCUGUGUAAAAUGACCCAAAA